GAAUAGCGCUGAUUGGUUGCUUUAAUGACGCAUUCUGUAUUCCGCAGUCCUCUUCCGAACCGUGCGAUCACCCUAAGGACCAACCUACUAUAGUCGAACAUUCCCCUGUCGUUUGAUUAUAAUAAGGGGAAUGCUCGACUAUAGUUGGUUGAUUCUUAUAUUCUGAUCCAGAUUAAAUCCUCAGUGGAAACUAGGCCAGUGUUUUCUUAUAUAAUAUGUGCUCAAUGCGACCCAGUGAAAACUGCUUUCAGUGAGUGAAUCAUGUGGUGCCAUGUGGUUACUGAAUAAGUAAUAAUUCAAAUAUUUCAUCUAAUUUCUAAUAAAGCGUAUAAUGCCGAAAGUUCGUACACAAGUUACUUCUCGUGUCCACAUGGAAGUGGCGAGACAAGGAAUUUUAUUUAAUAAGGAUAAAGGUCAGCAUAUACUGAAAAACCCUUUAAUUAUUCAAAGUAUGGUUGAAAAAGCUGCACUUAGGCCGACUGAUGUUGUAUUGGAGAUAGGUCCUGGUACAGGCAAUAUGACUGUAAAAAUGCUUGAAAAAGCAAAAAAAGUAGUAGCGUGCGAAAUUGAUCCAAGAAUGAUAGCAGAAUUACAAAAGCGUGUUCAAGGAACUAUACAUCAAUCAAAGUUACAAAUAGUGUAUGGAGAUGUAUUAAAAUCAGAUCUACCAUUUUUUGAUUUGUGCGUUGCUAACAUCCCUUAUCAGAUAUCAUCACCAUUAGUAUUUAAGUUACUUUCACACAGACCACUUUUCAGAUGUGCUGUACUUAUGUUCCAAAGAGAAUUUGCAGAACGCUUGGUAGCUAAACCUGGUGAUAAAUUAUAUUGUCGCUUAAGUAUUAACACACAAUUAUUGGCACGAGUAGAUAUGUUGAUGAAAGUUGGAAAGAAUAACUUUAGACCUCCACCUAAAGUAGAAUCGAAUGUAGUGAGAAUUGAACCAAGAAAUCCACCACCUCCGAUUAAUUAUCAGGAAUGGGAUGGUCUGACACGGAUUGCUUUCGUGAGAAAAAAUAAAACGCUGUCUGCAGCUUUCAAACAAACCACAGUUGUUACUAUGUUAGAGAAAAAUUAUAAAAUUCAUUGUAGUUUGAAUAAUAAGAUUGUAUCAGAUAAUUUUGAUAUCAAGCAAUUGAUAGACCAUGUAUUAGAAAAAGCAGAUGCUAAAAAUAAACGAGCUAGAACUAUGGACAUAGAUGAUUUUAUCAGCCUGUUACAUGCAUUCAACGCGGAAGGUGUGCAUUUUAUAUAAAUUUAUAUAUUAGGAUAUAUAUACUAUUUAUAUGUAAACUAGAGAUUU